UAGUGAUAAAAGUGACGUGUCCAGUGUUAUGUUCAUAGUAAUUUUGUCAUGUUUAUUGUAAUUACUAAUUUGUGGAGUGACGUGCUUUUAUAAUAAUGUUGAUAUGUGCAUUGUGAUGGUGAUGACUAGACUAAUUUAUCAGUAUAACAUGUUAGGAUAUCAUAGAAAGGGUAACAUAGCUGGCGUUGAAAAUACUGUUCCAUGAUACAAGACAGAAAACGCCCAUCGUUUAAAACUUAACAGGUGAUAAGAUAAGAUUUCGUUCGGAUUUUUAACCCCGGAGGGUUAGCCACCCAGGAUAACCCAAGAAAAUCAGUGCGUCAUCGAGGACUGUCUAACUUAUUUCCAUUGGGGUCCUCAAUCUUGUCCCCCAGGAUGCGACCCACACCAGUCGACUUACACCCAGACUGACUGGGUCUCCGCAGCCUAAAAAAAAAAAUGGCCUACACCGAAGGAAAGGUGAUCGUGGGUGAGGUGGGGCAGAGGGCGGCCCAGGCACACACUUUCACCAUGGCUGAGAUGGAAGAGAGGAUUGUGAUGACGCCGAAGGGAAAAACUGCAACAUCUACAACUAUUAUGGUGGAACGACGGAAGAUGGCAAUUCAGGAGGGCAAUGUCCAUGUUGGUGGGGGCCAACACUCUGGCAUCAUCAUCAAUAAAGAUACCAGAACUGACCUGGAGGACACGCCUGCCCACUUGCAAUUGGAGUUUAAAGUAUUUUUAAUAAAUGCUCAAACACAGAAGCACACACAAGAGAGCAGACAGCUAAGAUUUUGGUUUCAAAGUUGUGUACCAGAAAAGGAAAGGCUAAGGAGUGCUCAGGAGUUCUUCAAGGAGUUAGUAGCUCCCCUUGAAUUUCCAAGAGAUUAUGUUGGUUUCAUCAAGAAGAUAAUGAAAAUGAUGCAGCAUAAAUACAAAAUGUUGAGCAAGACUGAGGUAGAAUUGAGGCAGCUUGAGGAGUCAGACAAACCCCCAACAAGGCCCACGAGGCCAGGUGUGGUUCUGUACACGGUGGGAUGCAGUGAACCUGAUGCAGUGGAGGAUCAGAAGGCUGAACUAAGUGAAGAAAAAGUGUUAGAGAUGAUUGAGUCUUCGUACCCUAACCCCAUUACUGUUAAGGACAUGGCCAAGAGAGCAUCAGCAUCAUUAGAAGAUGUAGAACUGUAUAUUGCAGCACUAACGGAGAAAGGUCUGAUUAAACCAAUGGCUCCUGGUUGCUUCACGCGUAUUGUACAAAAUGAAACUGACGUUAAGGUUGUGAGACAGAUGCCAACAAUAACAACAAACAAGCAGCCCACUAUUGCCAUCAUCACAGCACACUAUUCUGAGAAGCUUGCUGUUGAUACUAUGAUUGAAAAUCAAGAGACUUUUGUCAGAUACACCACUGUUGGCGAGAGCAACAUAUAUACAUUAGGUAACAUUGGCGCACACAGAGUUGUGUGUACAAAACUUCCAACUGUUGGUCACGAUCGUUCAGCGUCCAUUGCUGCAGGAAACACUACUACUAGACUACUUGGAACCUUCCAGAAAGUGGACCAUGUGUUCUUAGUUGGAACAGCAGGAGGAGUUCCCCAUUAUACAGAUUACGACAAACAUGUUCGACUUGGAGAUGUAGUGGUGUCUGCACCACCUAGUGGACAGAAGUUUAUCUACAUGUAUUGUGAUACUGCAAAAACAUUAGAGAGUGGUUCAUAUGAGUUCGAAACAAAGUCCUGGGGACCUCCAGACCUAAGUCUACAGAAUAUUGCCUAUCAGUUAAAAGAGCAGGGAGAAGAAAAGGAUGGUCCAUCACCCUGGCUUCAAUACAUGACUGAGGGUAAUAUUAAAUUAUCUGCUCAGGAAAUGGAUUUCUCCAGGCCAAAUGAAGAGACAGACAAAUUGUACAUGAGUAUUGGUGGAUCAGAUGUUAUUGAAGUUUCUCAUCCUCUUCCUCCUGAGGGCUCAGAGAAUAUAAGAGACCCAACCAAGCCACGUAUUCAUUUAGGUGUUAUAGCCUCGGGGAGAUGUGUUGUUGGCAAUGACCAAAUGCGACAAGAUUUUGCUUCUCAGCUUUCUGUUGUUGCUUAUGACCAGGAAUUUGAUGCAGUCAUUGAAUCUGUAUAUGGAAAUCGCAAGGACCAAUAUGUUAUCAUCAGAGGCAUAUGCGACUACCAGGAUGGCACUAGAAAUAAGGAUUGGCAGCCAUAUGCAGCUUUGUCUGCUGCAGCAUUUAUGAAGGCAAUUAUUUGUGGAAUGGAGCCUCCGGCAGAUGAUUAACUGAAUUCUGAACUGUACACUUGGAAGAGGAUUAUAUACAAGGCUGUUGUUGCCACUUAAUAAUGGGAUAGGGUUAGUACAUAUAUCAUAUGCAAGUGGUCCACUCAAAAAAAAAAAAUUUCUUUGAAGCAAAUACAUUACAAUUUUAUAAUUUCAACCUUCACAGCAAUGUGAACAGAUCAUCUCUUAUUUUUAAAUAUUUUAUAAUACUGAUUGUUCCUUUAAAUGUUUAGAGUAACAUGCAAGUCUCAUUAUAUAUUUCACUUCUAAAAUACAGCUAUAAAAGUUUUUUCUUCAUUAUUACAUUUUACAGUUCAGCAUAUCAAACUACACUUGCUUAAUUAGUGUUCACUAUAUCGUCAUAAUAGAGCCAGUUGUCAUUAUUAGUGUUACCACUCAUGAUGGAGCCCUAAACUUGUAGGGUCAUACAGCAUGUGGGGGUAAAUAGAAAGCAGUCAGCUUCAAUCCAGGAAAAGGGAGGUUAGGUCCAAUUCCUUGGAUCAAGAGCCCCUCGUGGACAUCAAGCCACCUUGAUAGGUCACUUUGAAUAUCAGAUGAAAAGACUUUGUAAAAGUUUGAAACAUGACCCCUUGAGGCAGGUGCCUUGAUGACUGUGAGAGGGCUCUUUAUUAAAGGAAAUGAACAUAUCCUCCCCUUCCUUGGGUUAAACCCAAUUAUCUCUCAUUCCAUAUGUGUUGUAUGACCACUACAGAUUUAGCAUUUUCCCUGAUUAAUAGAGAGGAUAAAGCAUUAUAUUACUGUUGCCCAAAUGAUGAUAUUCAUAUUUAGAAGUAGUAAUACAUUUGUAUUAUAAAAGUAAUUUACAUGUAUGGAUUCCAUUAUUAUUUUCAUACAGUAAUACAAAGGAUGUUUUAGCCAGCUGUUAUUUAUACAGAUAUUUGUUAUAUAUAUAUAGACUUGUUUAUAUUAGGAGUAAUUUUUUUUUUUAAUUCUUGCUCAAAUUAUUAAAUUUAUAUAAAAUAUCUUAGAGUUAUGGUUUUCCUGAAUUAUUUGCUGUUUAAAAGUUCUUACUGUAAUUGUUUAUCAUCAAAUACCAUCAUCAAAUGUGCAUAAUUAUUCUGUAUUGAAUAUAUGAAUAUUUAAUACAGUACUGUAAUACUAUUACUUUGCUCUUACAUAUUUUUGACUUGGCAUGUAUAAAGAUUCGUGUAUAGGACAGCAUAGGAAAUAACUUGUUUGCAUAAGAUUCAUGUUCAAAAUACUACAGUGGAACCUCAAAAAUCAAAUGUUUCGAAAAUAGGACCAUUUUUUCGGACAGUGUCCCUAUUACCGAACGCGCCCCUAUUUUCGGACCGCCGGGCACGGGACCUGUCUGCCACCCACUCUGUCCGCGUCCCUGCGCAGGCGCCGUGAGCAGUAUAGCUUUGUUUAUGCUUGAGUGAACACUAACCUGCGCUCUCAUUCACGCAUUUUACGAUUAUUUCGUUGUGUUUAAUGCUUGUGGGACUAUGAAAUAAGCUGCCAUGGGCCUCAAAGAAACACCAUAGAUGUGAAGAAGGAAAUAAUACAGAAGUAUGAGAGUGGUGUGAGACUUGUUGAGCUUGCCAAGAUGUAUGAGAAAAACAAGUUGACCAUCGGUUCUAUCCUGUCAAAGAAAGAACAAAUCAAGGAAGCUGAUGUUGCAAAAGGUGUUAAUAUAGGGAGUGGAUGAGGUGCCUUCUUCAAAGAUUAAGGAGAUUUGUGCCAAGUGGAAUGAUGUCCAAAUGUUUGUGCAGAAGUACCACCCUGAGCAAGCUGAAACAAGCCAUCUUUGCAACAAGUUCAGUGACAGAACCAUGUCCCAUUUUAGGGAAAUGUUAAAGAGGUGCCAAAAACAGAGGACUGUGGACAGUUAUUUUGCGAGACAGGGGUCCAGUGACUCAAGCUGGUCCUAGUGGCAUUAAAAGACAGAGAAGGGCUUUACCUGAAGUCCUCAUGGAGGGGGAUUCUCCUUCCAAACACUAACCCCAACUCCCCCUCUCCUCCCUAUCUUCCAGAUGCCAUCACCAAUCUUCAAUAAAGGUAAGUAAAAAUGUUAUUUUAUAUGUAUUACUAUACAUAAUUAAAAACUAUAGUAUUUGUUGUAUGUAAAACUGUAAUUAAUCUCUAUAAAAUGUAUUUUUUGUGUGAAUAUUUUUGGGUUUCUGGAAUGGAUUAGUUGUAUUUCCAUUAUUUCUUAUGGGAAAUAUUGCUUCGAAUUUCAGACUUUUCGAAUUUAGAACUAGCUCCAGGAACGGAUUAAGUUCGAUUUUUGAGGUUCCACUGUAUAUUACUGACAAAGUUUGUGCACCAUACUAAGUAAAAGUUUCCUUACAGUAUAAUUAAAAAAAAAAAAGGUGCUUUGAUAGUUAGAGAAUUGUAUUUAGUUUUCAUGUGCUGCAUUCCAUUUUAUAUACAGUCUCCAUGAGAGUGAGUUUAUUUGGUAUGCAAGGUCAGUUCUGGAGUUAAAUUUUCAUUUAAUGUAUAGCAAAACAAAUGGCUUGUUAGGGAGGUUAAUAGUGUUAAUAAUGGAAAAUGCAUAACGUAGAUAACCAAAUAUAGGUUCCAUAAACCUUAGACAACUAUUAUUAUUAUUGCUGGUAACUAGUUGCAGAUUAUUCUCUUCUGAUAGAUUGUAUUUGACUAACAACUUAAAACAUUCAUCAUUGAAGAAAUUUAUUGCAUCCCUAAAUUUUGAAGUCUUCCUUAAAAUUAUCAGGCAGAGUGAAUGAAUGCCAUUUGUUUUCUUCAAGAUCAGUGUUUUAGAAAUUUUUAUAUUUUAUUGAUAUUAUUGCUCUCAACCUGUUAUAAAGGAUAAAUAUUUGAAAUGCAUAAUUUAGGGUUUUGUGCUAAUAUUCAAAGCAUUAUUGUGCUUUAUUUAAAUGAAUACACAAUGCAGGUAUUUAUAAAUAUAUUUCUCUAGGUCUUACUGACAAAUUGUGUUGGCAAAUACUUUGGUUUACACUUUCUUCUGGUACAGAAGUCUUUUCAUCAAGUUAAAGCUAACUACAGUAACUUGAAAGAUAUGCAUCAUGUUUUUUCAUUGCACAAACCUCUGAAUGCACCUUUAUAUAAAUACACUCUAUUAAAUUCAAGAGUCCUGGAAGGAAGUGUAACAGAACUAGUCUUGUGAUGUAAAGGAUUUGUAAGAUAUUCAUCUAUAGUUCCUUACAUACAGUUGGCCUACUUAAUUGAAAUCUUGUCACUCUCUUCAUUUUUUAUAUUUUAAAGGAAAGAUUUUCAAGUAAAUCUCUUAUGAGAUGCAAGUAGACAACAGUUCUAAAGUUUCAGGCUGGAUUGCUACUUAUUUUAAAGGAAACUUAUGGAAGUGCUAUAAUGCUGGCGAGGUGUUCUCGAUCCAAGGAAUUAUACCUAGCCUCCCUUUGGAUUGAGCAUGAUUGCUUCCCAUUUCCCCCAGGAGCUGUAUGACCUCAAGUGGUAUAGUAGUACUCCCAUUAAUGAAUGUAAUACUAAUAGGACCAAUUUUAUUUAGUUGUAUGACCCUUCUGAGUUUAGUGCUUAGUUUAAAAAAGUACAAAAUUUAAAUUGCUAAAAGUAUUAACAGGUGCACAUUCAUCACAUUUUUUCAUGAAAUUCCCAUUUUAGCCCUACUUGGGAUCAUAAGUAGAUAAAAGUGUUUAGAAUUUACUUUUGCUUAUUGUAUUAAUUUGGAGAUGGGUUCAUUAAACCUGUAGGGGUUCACAAUGUUUGGAGGAAUGAGAGAAUCAGGUUUUAUUCAAAGAAAGGGAGGAUAGAGCUAAUUCACGAGCUCAAGAACCCCUCAUUGGCAUAUAGGCACCUCCUUCUAGGGAAAAGCUAUUUCUAAGAACAUGAAAGUGUGUGUGUGAUUGAACGAGUAAGCAUGAGACUGAGUAAGUGUUUGAUAAGGGAGCAUCUGCAUUUUAAGAGAUUUCACCUACUCGGGCAUUCUGAAGCUAAAUGGAGCCCACUCCUGCAGAUAUGCUGUAAUUAUGCAGCACCACAGGUGAUACUUGAACAGCAUAGACACAGAAUAUGUCAAAACUCACAAAUGUUAGAUUGCUGGAAUAGGAUCCACGAGGAGGUAGUAAAUGCCACAAAUGGGGAAAUUAUUUGAAUUAUAGGUUUAGUACUUGUAAAAAUAAAACUAGGAAGACAUUUCAAUCUGUCCUGGACUGCUGUCAUGUCACAACUAAGAGAAUAUCAGAAAACAGGUGGGGAAGAGGGAUACAGGAAGAAAGGGAGUGGUAAUAGUAAUAAGGGUAGUGAUAGUUGUAAUAAGGCAAUAAUAGCAUAGAAGAGAGGAGCCCUGUGGCAGACCUACUGGUCCAAAAUAUGGAAGACUUGUGGCGUUAAGUAAAAGGACACAAAUGCAACUAACCUGACAUUUUAUCGUGGCAAUGUUUCAUUCUCCAGGAGCUCUAUCAAGCCGUUACAAGUGUAACGGCUUGAUAAAGCUCCUAGAGAGUGAAAUGUUGCCACAAUAAAACUGUCACAUUAGUUGCACUUGUGUCCUUUUACUUAACAUAUUGUUGGUAAUUCUACCAACAUUAAUAAGACUAGUGGUAAUGAAGGUAAACUACUCAAUCUCCAUUACCUUGAUGUAAUUAACCACUAACACCUGUCCCCAAGGAACAGAGCACUGCAGUAGACUUACAGGUCAUGAGUGGUCUGAAGUUUAUAAUUUAACCCUUUGACUGUUUCAGGCCCCUCUCUGAAACUGUCAUUCUAUGUCGCUCAAUUUUAAAAAAAAAAAAAAAAAAAAAAAAUGUGAAACGAUAGAGAAUCUUUUCCCGAUGGUAAUGACACCAAAAGUUCGAAAUUUGGUCGAAAACUCAUGGAAUUAUGCUCCCGCGACACUUGCGUAUCGGCGAUUUCGCCGACUUUGAGCCCUAUUUUCAGCCAAUUCCAUUGUUCCAGUUGACAAAACUCAGCUAUUUCUUUAGAACUCCAUUUUAUCUAUCAGCUGAGUACAAGAAACCUCCCAUUUACUAAUUUGGACUACCCAAUAUGGUGGUCAGAAAUUGGCAAUUUGGCCAAUUUCACGCAAACUAAAAAAGAUGCCAAUUUCAAAAUAGGGUCCAGAAUAAACAAGGUAGACAUUCGUGGCACUAAAAUAACAUAUGCUCUGUUCAUUAGUCACAUCUCUAGGCCCCUCUUAUAUUAUUAUUGCUUUCUAUUUUGAUUUUUUAUUCAUACAAAAAAAUACAAAAUUUACUGUUAUGCAGACUACUGCAUUAUUGUAAAAAUGGUAUAAAUAAUAUCAGUGCACUAGUGAAAGAAUAUUAGACUCCCCAGUUGACGUGUAUUGGAUGUGUGGUGUGAUUUAUUUACUCCUGAACAUUGGUAAAAAUCGAACAUUUCCACUACUUUGAGCUCAGUUUCAAGGUCGUUUCAUUGUCAAAGUAAUGAAAAUCAUCUCUGUUUCUGUAAUACGUUUUCCAUUUUAUCACUUAAGACCAUGAAAACACGAAUACAACGAUAAAUACUAUACGAAAAUACACCUCAAAAUCGGCGUUUUAUUCCAAAAAAACUAUCAGUUUUUUUUUCUCAUUACGCAAUGUGUGCUGCAGGAUUUUUUUUAUGUGGUGCACACUGACCACACAGACCCAUUCUCUCACAUGUGGGCCUACCAGCUUUCUCCCGCUUGAUUUGAAGCCGCUAGAAUUAUUGAGUAUAUAUACGUCAGAAACAUUGGCUCGUAAGACGUAUUUAUACGUCGAAAACAGUCAAAGGGUUAAAACACACAGAGAAAGGUAGGCAUCUACUAAAACAAAAUAAUUAAAAUUUAUGUUAGGAAUGUUGCAUAUAAGGGCUGGCUCAACAUGACGGCAUCUAUGGAUCCUUUGACAUGACGUACAGUAACAGUGUCAGGAAAGUGGCCCAUUCCACCAAAGUAUUGAAAAAGAGCUGAAAGUUGAGUAGGCAUUGGAGGUAUCAGUGCCAAGAGAAGUAUGAAGUGUAUUAGUUUGGCAGAAAUAAAAUUGGCUGGUUAGAGAAUGAGGAUGUUAAGGUUUUGUAGAUUGGAAAUGUAGUGAAGGCAAAGUACAGGAGUUUGUGCAGGAGAACUGGGUUUAGGAGAUUAGUGGAUGUACGUGCCAUUGUGUAUACAGUAAGAUUAAAGUCAACAAAAGGAAAAGCCUAUGACAAAUCAGUGAACAGAGCUUGUGGUAAUUUUUUUCCCGUUUUCUGUAAGCCUAUGUACACUGGCAUGUAUAUCCAUUACUUUCUCUCUCAGGAAAAGUGUUCCUGUAUCUUCCUAAGUUGUCUGCGAUCUUCAGUUUCUUGACUGAGCUGCAAGCAGUGAUGAUUACAGAUACUUAAGAACAAGAAAGAGUAACAUUACUGCAAGUGUAGUUGCCCUCCUGUCUCUACUCGUCACCUUGUCUCCACUAUAUUUAUGCUCUAUUAAUUCUCACAGAAAGCCCUCUAGUGGAUGAAACUUCUCAAUAAAAUACCAUAAACCGCA